AUCCAGUAUCUAUACAUUUAUUGUUUCAUUAGAAAGAAAAAAUACGCUAUAAGGAAGAAUCCAGCAAGGAUGGUGUGCUUGGCAGCAUUCUUAUUAAACAUUCUUCUUCUAACAAGGGUCGAAGCUAAUCUUUCAAACUCGUGGACAGUUAAACGGAUUAUGAUGAUAGUGUUUGAUGAGAAAACAUUGUGCCCAGAUCCAGGUUGGAGUGGAGAGAACUGUGAUGAACCUGUUUGUACAGAAGAAUGUGUACAUGGAUACUGUAUAGAACCUGAUAUAUGUAGUUGUGAUUCUUGGUAUGUUGGGGACCUUUGUCAGUAUGAAUGGAAACAUGCAGAUUGUAUAAAUGGAGUUGGUCCCACUUGCGAAUGUAUUGAAGGAUGGCAGGGAGAAACCUGUACAGAACCAAUAUGUAAAGAUGGCUGCCACCCAAUAUUUGGUUCUUGUGAGAAACCUGGAGAAUGUACAUGUACUCAUGAUAGUAUGGGAGGUGACCUAUGUAAAGAGUGUACACCUGCACCAGAAUGUUUACACGGGACUUGUGAAGGUCCAGGGGACUGCAUAUGCAAUCCAGGUUGGACAGGAUAUUAUUGUGAUACUCCAAUCUGUAGUCCAGGUUGCCAUCCGGAUAGGGGAUAUUGCAGGUACACAGAGGUUAAAACUUUUGAUGUUGUCAAUCCGGGGAUCAAAUCUAUAGCUUUAGUCGUCCGAAAACCUAAGAUUAUUUCUUUUGAAUCUCGUGGAGGGAAGCAAGCAGUAAUGUGCCUUCGGUUGGUCCAUUUUUUGGUCGCAUUUUGCCUUUAUUUUCUAUCAGGGUCCAAAUUUGGCAUAAUGCAAUAUAGAAAGAAAAAAGACCAAAAACGAUCCAAACCGAGGCGAAAGCGAACGUAUGCUAAUGAUCGUUUUUGGAUCGUUUCCCCAGAUAUUGCAAAGUUCAAUCAAACCAAGCUUCGAAAUAAUCCAGGUUUCAAACCUUUGGAAUAAAACGAUCCAAAACGA